UUCACACAAUACUACGAACUCCCAAAAAAUGAACCAUGUCUGGCUUCGAGAUUGGAAGCUUGGCUCUUGGGAUUGUUCCUGUGCUUCUUGAGCUUGUCACUGUUUUUCAGAGAACCCGUGAAACUUUUCGCAGUUUUGAUGGAUUUGAGGGUCGACUGAGCAGACUGCGAAUUCGUUUUAACAGUGGAGGAGUCUUAUUUCGCAACGAAUGCCGGCUGCUUCUUCGGCUGGUUGUCGAUGAACAGCAACUAGAAGAGAUGAUUCAAGACCCGUUUCAUAGACUUUGGGAAGACGAGAGUUUGGAUAGCCGGUUACGAAUGUAUGUUGGCGACAUCUGUGACGACUUGAAGGACAACCUCAUCGUCAUCCGAGAGAUGCUGUUUGAAGUCUCGGACGGUUUGACAGGCUACUUGGACAAGCUCAAAGCGCAAGGUUCACAGCACAUCAAAAAAGACGGAAUUUCUUCUCAAUUCCAGAAAUUGAAGUUCUCUGUUAUUGACGAGUCGAAGUAUAAGGAGAAGCUUGACGAACUGCAUAGGUGGCUCGCAAGCUUGAACACCCUCUGUGUUCAAAUCCGCGAACUUCGUGAACAGAGACCAGCGAUUUCCAAGGCAUGCCUGACACGAAGGAGACUACCUCAAAUAUUUUCUACUGCUCAGAAAACUUCCUCAAAUCUUCAUUCAAUUUUGACAGAUACCUGGACUUGCGCAAAUUUCACACACACAAAUCACAUAGCGAAACUAAAUGUUAAUGCUGCGGACGAUUCUGAGGCGAACCUUCACUUGACCAUUCUGUUCAGUGAGAGGCAUCAGAGGGAAGGAACGGUUGACGAGUCGCCAAUAUGCGUCCGUGUACACAUGACUCAAUCUGGGGUUCCACCAAAGGCACAGGGAAAUGCAGGUUAUCUGCAACAAGAACUAGGAGAUUUGCCACGGCUUCCAGGAGCCCCACGGCCAAACCCUUGCGCAUUCACCACAAGCAAUAAUCAAGGGAAAAGUAAGAAAAGGGUUAGAUUCUUCUCUACAUCUGAUGGAGAGACCCACGAGGCUCUAGAGGAGAGCCAACAAAGAAACGCAACGCCAUUACGAUCACAACAUUAUGAAGGCUCGUGCUAUUCCACAUAUGAUCUCAACAAGUCAGUUGAAGGCAUAUGCAACCAUCUUACCAAAGCUGGGGCUAAACAACCCAAUGGGAGCAAAGGAUCAUGUCUCGGCUAUCUUGAGAACGAAUUUGAGCUUAAGUUAGUCUUCUACGAUGCCGGGCAUGAAGAAAGAAGCAAAACUAUCCGGACUUUGAAAGAUGCCGUUCCACUUAAAAGAGUUCUCACAACUUUAGACAAAUUUCAUCAACUUAAACUGGCUCUGCAAGUUUCCACGGCGUUUCUAAAAUUCCAUUCCACCAAAUGGUUGCGAGAAGACUGGCGCCUCCAAGAUAUGGCUUUCUUCGGACGCUUAGGACAGGUUGCAGAUGAAGAGACCUUCGAGGAAUUAAAAACUUUACAUUUGAGCACGCAAAUUCCCAAUAAGCUCAGUAAUGGCUUCCUCCCGGAUCCAAUGGCUUACACUGAGACAUAUCCAUCUGUCCGCUUCAACGCUACCGGUGAUAGUAGAGUUCGAAAUUUGUCCUUAGGCCAUCUAGCCAUCGCCUUGUUGGAGAUUGGCUUCAAGAAGGACAUUGGGCGCCUACGGAAGAGGAGUGAGAUUUCUGACCUCACCACUGCUCGCGAAUUGGCGGAUGCGUCUCAGCCCCUGGGACUUGCUUAUCAAAAGAUUAUCCGCAAAUGUAUUCACUGCGAUUUUGCGUUUGGUUCGGACCUCUCUAGCGAAGAGUUGCAGGAUGCAGUCUAUAGUGAUGUUGUAUGCUCUCUUGAGAAUAUCGUCAAAAGCUGCCAAAGCCUUGAGGAAGGUUAGGAGGAUAAUGUAAUAAAAAUGAAAUUCUAGGUGUUUGGGGGGAUAGCCACAGGAUAGCAAAGUAGACAU